AAUAAGCGGACGAAGGAUUUACACCAGCAGCACCAGGACUAUAUAUAUCCGUCACACUUAUUAAACCGGUUUAAAAAAAAAAAAGCAAAGGAAAAAUAGAAAAGUUUCUCUCAACUUCAAAACCCUAGUAAUUAUCAUAUCAGAUUCAGAAAACAGAAUAAUAAUAAAAUCAGAGAAUGGAUAUCGAACAAAUACAGGAAGAACAUAUCAAUCACUUCGUGAAUCAAGCAUCCAACUGUCACGGCGGUUCAUCACUCGCAUCCCUCAUCUCUGAUGCCACGUCACACCCUUCUCUCUUUGCGUUCUCCGAGAUCCUUGCCUUACCCAACGUCAUUCAGCUUCAAGGCACAGAACAUUCUAGCUAUCUUGAUUUGCUUCGGAUGUUUGCUCAUGGAACAUGGAGUGAAUAUAAGAGCAAGGCUAGUAAUCUUCCACCAUUGACACCAGAACAGGUCCUCAAGUUAAAACAACUUACCGUGCUCACUCUAGCUGAGACAAACAAGGUACUUACGUAUGAUGUGCUGAUGGAAGAGUUGGACGUUAUAAAUGUCCGAGAGCUUGAGGAUUUUCUUAUCAAUGAGUGCAUGUAUGUGGGUAUUGUUAGGGGCAAGCUGGAUCAGUUGAAAAGAUGUUUUCAGGUGCAAUUUGCAGCAGGAAGGGAUCUAAGACCUGGACAGUUGGGGGUUAUGAUACACACAUUAUCAAACUGGUUAGCUACAUCAGAUAAUUUACUUAUCACAAUUCAAGAUAAGAUAAAAUGGGCUGACUCGAUGACUGAAAUGGACCAGAAGCAUAAGAAAGAAGCUGACGAAAGAAUGGAAGAAGUGAAAAAGGCACUCUCCCUCAAGAAGCUACAACCUGUGAGCAGGCAGCAGACAUGGAAUUAUCGGGGCAUGAGGAGAUAUUCUCAGAACCUGGUGGAGUGAUGAACUAUGGCGAAGACCGAAGCCGACCGAAGAGGAGACGACACCCAUUGCGUUGAGAAGGGCUUGUGGUUAUCGUUUUGUAGAAUGUGGGUUGCCGCACAUGUUUUGUCAACUGCAUUACAAGACAUGAUACAUCUGCCUUUUGAGAGAAAGAGGAACCUCUGAUUUUGUGAAACAUUCGGAGUUAAUAUGACUACGAAUUAUACUUUUGAGGAAUCAUCCAUCCGCAAUGGUUGUCGAAUUUAUUUAUUUAAAAAAAUAUUUGGUGUCUGAUUAAAUUGUUGUUUUUUCUUA